AUGAAUAACACUAAUAAAAAUGAAAAUGCUAGCGUUUAUGAUCUGCUCACCAAACUAUGUGAAACGCAGGCACAGAACUGUAGCCAUCAGAGUAGAACUUCUGUGAAGCAACUUGCAUCCAAAAUGAGAUCAAAAGCCUAUGAAAUUGUUUUGAAAAAAUCGUCGAUAGAUAUACCAAUAUCAGAAAGCGACCCAAUUGUUGAUCUGCUAUCAUGUCAUUUUAUAUUACAGCAGAAUGUAAAGAACGUUAUCGAAUAUAAAAGAUCAUUAGAUCUGAAAAAAGCUAUCAAUAAAUUAAGAAACUCUGAUUUAGGUUUGGAUAAGGAUCAUGUUUACAAAAUUCUCAGACUCCUCGUAAAACUUCAUAAUACAGUGGCAGAUGAUGCUUUGUUAGAAGCUUAUAAGAGACCAUUUUCAUUUGGUUUACUUGAAGAAAUGCUACCAAAACCGAAAAGAGAAGUGUUUGGCUCUCCACAACCCUACCCUGUUUACCCACCGCACAUAUUUGAGUUACCAUUUAAAUUAAACAGAGGGAAUGAUUUGAACGGUUCAAACAUGAGUUAUGUUAACUAUACAGUUGACAGUUUGGAUUCAAAGUCUUUUGUAACCGAUUAUAACUCACGAAAAAGUGAAAUAAGAACAUUUUUAAGCCCAAUGGCCUUCCCUUCUUUAAGUUCAACGCAAGUAUCACCAUAUUCGGAAUGCAAUGUCUACAAUUUUCCGAGGUUAAUGACUCCUAGGGAUUUGGUAAUACCAAAGUCUCUUCCUCUUCAGCCUAAGAUAUCUUUUGUCACAACUGAGGACAAAAUGGACUUGAAAAAUUUAGACAAUAGUGAAGCAGAUAAUAUGAACAUUUGGGAAUUGGCCUCUCAAGUAGACAAGGAUAUUUCAGUUGACAUUUGGGAGUAUGUGUCAAAGCUACCUCCAAUAAACGAGAGGCAACUAAUAGCAACGUCGUCAAGGGAAAUCAGAUUAUGGCGACAGACCUACACCGGGUCCUUUCCGGAUCUAAGUAUUACUUCAGAAAGGCAGUUUAUAAGGCACAUAACAUACCUACUAAUUGGUGUGGAAACCAGGUCGUUUCCUUUCAUUAAAUCAACGAAUUCUUUCCGGAUGAAGGAGAAUCUUAUCCUCGAGUGUAUCUCAAGGGAGCACCUUCAAGGUUAUAUUGCACCUUUGUUGAUGACCGGCACAUAUUACAGGCGUCUCUAUGACUUCGCCUUUAAUCAUACCGUUGAUGAUCAUUUUCAUAAGAAGGGACUUGUUUUUGAGGCUGCAAGAGAAGUAGUGAGACAGUACUUGCUGAAAUUCCGCCUGGAGGCGACGGAAAUAUUCGAAGAGUUCAGCAGCAGAACAUCGGAAGACAUCAACUGUAUGCCAACUUUGCUGCAAAUACUGUACCACAUGGAACCUCUGAAGUACGAGAUUCAAACACUGGCCACGAUAUACAAACUUGAAAGUACAGACUCAAUAACAUCAAUACCCCAUGGCGCAGAACUGAUGUCGUAUUUAUUUAAUCGAAUAUCUUUGGUCACACACAAACGGACAGCCGAAACACUUUUCAAUUCGCUUUUCAUCGUAUGCCGUGUGUACUUCAAAUUUAUAGAGAAGUUUAUAUUUGAAGGAGAAUUGGAUGAUUAUUUUAACGAGUUCUUCAUAAGGAAGGACAACCAAUAUGUCAAUUCGAGAAGUAAAAGAUAUUGGGAUAAGGGGUUUCAUAUAACUAUGAGCGUGGCUGUUCCGGACUUCUUGAGACCUUUGGCUACAUUCAUUCUACUUUGCGGAAAGUCUUUGCGACUCCUGAAACAAUGUAAUCCUACUGACCCAUUAGUGAUGCUGAUAUCAUCAGAUCACCCAUCAAUGAGGUGCUGCGCCACAUUCGAAGAGCUAGAACGCGAACAACAGGUGUUGGACGUAUAUAGAACGAGAUGUCUGUUCGUUAGCGGCGAACCAGUCACAUUCGACCAGAUAUUGCUUAAACGAGAGGCUGAGAGAAAAGCCUUUACGGAAAUGGCGUCUCUCAAACAAGCGGAAACUAUGGAGAAAAUUGUUGCUGAACGAAAACGUCUAGCGCAACUUAUUAUAGCUGAAAAACAACAUUCGCUGAGAGUAUUAGAAGCUGCUAUGGCGGAGGCUAAAGCUAGUAAGAAUAAAGUGAAACAGCGCGAAAAGCAGCGCUCUCAAUUGGAAGAAGCAGCUGAAAAGGCUACUGAGGAGGUUGAUUCCAAGCUAAAAGAUGACGAAAAAAACAAAAUGCUAGAGUACUACUCAAAGUUGAAUAUGGAAGUCGAGAAAAGCAAAAUACACACCGAAUGGAAGAUAAAACGUCUUCAGCUUGACCAAUCGAGAAUGCAACUGCUCUCUUCCGAGGAAAGAAAUUUAAAACGGGAAAAAUUGGAACUUGAACAUCAGAAAAACGAAGAAAUAAUGGCGAUGUCUAUACAAAGUGACUUCAAAUCUGAAGAUGGACUGGACGGUGACAAAGAGGAAGAAAACCUAAUAAUGAUAGAGUCGACCAGUUCUCUUGGGAAUGAAAACAAUAACGCAACAUCAUCUGAUCAUUGUACAAACAAAACAAAGUCUCAAGCUUCUAAUGACGUAUUCAGUGCAAUAUGCAACGUUGCCAAAAGUAUCUUCGGAACAGGCAAACGAAAAUGCGACAAUGAACAAGAACUAGACGCUCAAGGAAAUGUCAUCAACGACUUUCAAAAUAACAAGAUGGAAGCGACAUCAAGUAACGUUAUCGGUUCAAAUUUAAAUCAGGCCUUUGACAAUCUACUAUUUCUAGAAGCGAGAGAGGCGGCAGUUAAAAACAAAUUGAAAGUCAUGGCACACGAAUUUAGCACAGAUAACGAGAAUAAUCUGAAAGCUCCGAUAAUUACACUGACGUCUGCAGAUGAAGACAAUAACAUUGAGGGCCCAAUAUCCGAAGCUAGGAGGAACAAAUUAAAAGUUUUGGGAACAGAAUUUAAUGUUAUUCAAGAAAAAGAUACGAAUGUCGAUGAGCCGAUAACAGAAGCGCAUAGAGAAGCUUUGAUUAAUAAACAUAAAGUUCUGGGUGCCGAAUUCGAUAGAAUUGAAACGGAAAUGGAAUAUUUCUAUGAACCAAGAACGGAAGCACAGAGGGAAGCCGUGAUUAAUAAGAGAAAAGUUCUCGGAGUGGAAUUUGAUAAAGUUGAUAUAGGGAGAACUGAUGAAACAAUAAAUAAAGAUGUAGGAUUUAAAUAUAAUGAAAAAGAAGUUGCUCCUAAUUGGAGAUCUGACGCUCAAAAGGAAGCAAUAAUUAAUAAACAGAGAGUUCUAGGUGUAGAAUAUAACUUGCCGUUAAAUAGAUUGCCUGAACGUGAACCAGCUAAUGUAGCUCAGAGGGAAGCUAUACGCAAUAGAAAUAAUGUAAUGGGUUCCGAACAUUAUGGAUCUAGUCAAAUGUCAGUGAAGAAAUCUGGCUUAAAACUAAAUUUAAAGCCAUUUGGUGACACUACAAGUACUAAAGGUUGUAAUUCUGGAGUGGUAACGCCUGGGGAAUUGUUUUCGAGGCUGGAUCUAGAAACUCCCACCACAGCAGAAGUGCCCACAGAUGGGCCCAUGACAAGCGACAUAUUCACCCCCCGAAGCGAAGGGCAGGACAUAGAAAAUUUGCAACCUCAAAACUAUUUACGCUCCGACGGUUUCAACUUCUCCAUGAUCAUCGAUGAUGAAACGGCUGUAUCAGAAGUGAUCAGUGAUCAAAGUAUCGAUUCAUCACCUAAAAGAUUAAAGAAGAAACAUAAACAUUCGGUGUUUAAUAUUAUAGAUGGGUCAUAUAAUCUUGACGAUUUUGAUCCGUUUGGUGUUAAGAAUUGGGAGAAAUAUUCAAAGAAUUACAUUGAUAGUCAAAUGUCUAUAGAUAGUACAUUUUAUACCCACCCAGCAACUAUAAUGGAAGAGGUGACAAAGGCGCCGUAUAAAAAUAUAUACAGAUCUCGUAUUGGUGAUGAAGACGAUGAUGAGUGUAUAACUUGUAAUAACAUAGCAACACUGACAGCGUGUUUGCAACGUUCGGUGAUGUUGCCAUUAACCUACCAACUGGAAGUCGUUAAUAAUUCGAUAUUGACAUAUUUCUUAGUCAAUCUCGAUAUGUACGAGCAUUUAAGGAGUUUAAAGGACUACUUCUUCCUAAUGGAUGGAGAAUUUUCCAGGAGUAUAUGCCAUAACCUCUUCGCAAAACUUACAAAGACUUUGAACCCACAAGAGUUGUUGAAUUUCUCCACUUUGCACAAUAUACUGGAUAAGGCUCUUGGUUCUUCUAUAUCGCACGUCCACAAAUUUUCGGAAAACCUCUCGUUUACAAUACCGGAAGCUCCACUGAGUUUCCAACACAGUUCGCCGGACGUUUUGCAAUGUCUGUCUUUAACAUAUACCGUCAGUUGGCCCCUAAACAUAAUACUAUCACAAGAAGCGCUCUUAAGAUACGCUAAGGUAUUCCAGUUUUUGAUCAAAAUGCGACGAAUCUUUUGGGUGCUGAGCGAGGAUUUUGAAUCACUAAAACUCUCGGUUAAACUGGCCCGCGAGAAUUCUAGAAAGCUCUUACGCUCGCCACAGUACAUAUCAGUACAGUUGUACCGUCAUAUAAUGGCGUCGCUUAUUCGCGCGUUGGACAAUUACAUCGUCACCACCUGCAUAUUAACUUCGUGGACAGAAUUUGAAAAAGAACUCAGAAAGGCCCGGACACUAGAUGAUCUGUAUGACUGUCAUGUCAUGUAUAUAAAGAACGUCUUGUUCAGGUGUCUUCUUAAUAACAGAUCGACACCGGUCAUGAAGUUAUUGAAUGAUAUUUUUACAGUUAUUUUAAAGUUCAGUCGGGUUCUUAAAGCUGGGGAGUGGCAACAAAAAGAAGCAAACGGUUACUUCAUUCACACAAAUUAUGCACAACUGAACGAGUUAUAUCAUUUAUAUGAAAAACUUACAAAAUAUUUGCACAAAGUUAUCACGAAGUUAAUGGAAUGUGGAUAUCAGCGACAUCUAGUGGAGCUUCUGACGAUGGUUAAUUUGAACGGUUAUUAUGAUCCGGAGAAAGUAGACACCAAUACAAGUGUGGGUUAA